UUCUGCAGGAAGGCAAAAGAAGGAAGACGCGAGCACGAGAAAGGCAUCAGCGCAGCGGUUCAGAGAAAAGCAGAGCUCCGCAUUCCAGGACACAAGGCUGCGGGUACUUGGCUCAGCCCCGGGGCGGCCGCUAGCAUUACACUAUAAUUUUUUUUCAUGCCAACGUCGGCGCACAGCCCUUUUCAGACGAAAAUGAACCCACUGCUGGGUUCCAACGUCUUCUUACUGCAUCAAGAGCUGCAGAGUCAGAUUGUAGACGCCACGACAGCUGCUGCUACCACCGGAGAGGGGUUGCUGGCGGAUCAAGACUUCUUCCCGGGAGUGGAUUUGUCCUCUUUACAGCAUACGAUUAACGCUAACAACAUCAACAACGCGCCGUUUCCCCCGGCCAUGGCUCUGCGUAAUGACUUGGGGUCCAACAUUAGCGUCCUGAAGACCCUUAAUUUGCGGUUCCGCUGCUUCUUGGCAAAAGUGCAUGAACUGGAACGCCGCAACAAGAUUUUGGAAAAGCAGCUACAGCAGGCUCUACAAGAAAACGGGGACGUACAGUUGGCAAAACCACCUACCAAGGAUCAGGGCGUUCAGACGGGCUUCGUUGGGCCCAUUUCAAUGCGAUCAGUGCCUUGCAACGCCGGGCCUGGCCCGGCUUACCGCAGCGGCCCCAGUGCCUUCACCCCGACGCUGACGUCAAUUCUGACCCUGGAGCCUACCCACAACCAUGCCAAUGCUAGUAACACCAGCAGCGCCGGCACAGCCGCUGUCGGCAAUACUCGCUUUCUACCCGGGACGAUCUGGUCGUUUAACCACACUCGUAAACUGGGCACUGGCUUAGAGACUCGGGUGAGUGGACCGGGUGUAUCGUGGGUCCAUCCGGACGGCGUCGGAGUACAGAUUGACACCAUCACACCGGAGAUCCGGGCCCUGUACAAUGUGCUGGCCAAAGUGAAAAGAGAGCGGGACGAAUAUAAACGAAGGUGGGAAGAAGAAUACACUUUAAGGGUUCAAAUGCAGAACAAAGUUGAAGAACUUCAAGAGGAGGCACAGGAAUCUGCAGCGUGCCAAGAAGAACUUGCCCUGAAGGUACAACAGCUCAAAGCCGAGCUGGUGGUCUUCAAAGGGUUAAUGAGCAAUAACCUCACUGAAUUGGACACAAAGAUUCAGGAGAAAGCAAUGAAAGUUGAUAUGGACAUUUGUCGACGGAUUGACAUCACAGCCAAACUGUGUGAUGUGGCACAGCAACGAAACUGUGAGGACAUGAUUAAAAUGUUCCAGUCACUGCACUUGUCUCCCCUCAAGGUGGCCCCUAACAGCUCAGGGUCUAUGGGCCGUAGAUCCCGGGAAAGGAAGCAGACUCAACCAGCUCAGCCUGUUAGUGAUGAUGAGCCUCUCAGUAUGUCGGAGAGUGAAGGCAUUGGUGGUGGUGGACACAAAGAGGAGGAUAGCGUGGCUACCAAUCAAAUUAAUGAAGAGAUGCAAAGGAUGCUUAAUCAGCUUCGUGACUAUGACUUUGAAGAUGACUGUGACAGCCUAGCCUGGGAGGAAACAGAAGAAACACUCCUUCUGUGGGAGGACUUUCCUGGAUAUGCAUUGGCAGCUGUGGAGGCACAGGGAGAGCAAGAGGAGAACCUUGAAAAGGUAAUCAAAGACACUGAAUCUCUGUUCAAAUCAAGAGAACGCGAGUACCAGGAGACCAUUGAUCAAAUAGAGCUAGAGUUGGCCACUGCAAAAAAUGAUAUGAAUCGACACUUACAUGAAUAUAUGGAGAUGUGCAGCAUGAAGAGGGGACUGGAUGUGCAGAUGGAGACAUGCAGGAGGCUGAUCACACAGUCUGGAGACAGAAGAUCUCACACUGUGGGCCCAUUUUCUGGUGGAGACAAUGGUGCUAGUGAAGAGAGUGAGGACUCGGAAAGAGAAAGGACAUCUCCUCCUGCGGAUGGGAGAUGAAACUAAGUGAUGUGAAAGAAAGACUGGAUGUAUCUUUUGAAAUGAAGAAUGUCCAUCAUGACUCCAUCCUUAGCUCAACACUCCUGUAGUUUUAUACCACAGUUGCUUCUGAGAGUCCAUGUGAAGCAUUGGCCUCCAUAUAUGGAAUAUCUGAUUUAGUGACAUAAUGCACAUUUUAAAAAGAAUGAGUUAAGUAUUACAUAUCUGUCUAAAUCAUGUAGCAUUGGCCAGAUCAUCCUAAAACUCAGGGGACUCUAUCGGUAGAGCCUCUGUCUGUUUAUAUGCCAUUUCUUUGUUUAUGUAUUUACAUAUAUGCACUUUGAAGGGUGUGGGUGUGGAUAUAAAUUCUACAAGCUGUAUAUGUAUAUAAAAUAUGUACAUAAACAUGUUAUAUGUAUUACGCUUUACAUGAGGCUUAAAAGAGAAUGUCAAAGAACCGGUAAAUUCCUCAGAAACAAUUUCUUACUCUGUUCUACCUGGGGAGAGGCCUGCUUUGACAAUGCUCUCUUUGUGUCCCACUCACAUGUUUAACUGUUAUGCCUUUAAAAAAAAACAUUCAUGCAUAUUUUUUUGUCCAUUGUCCAUUUGCUUAGUCCUUUGUUUUCACAAAAGUCAGCAGGUGUGGUAAUUCUGUUUUCCAGAGGUAGACAUGCAAUAAGCCAGCUUUUUGCCAUCAUGCUUGCCAAAGCAUCCUCCAUUGUUGAAAAUAAGAUAAUGCUAUGAAACAGGGGAACCAGAGUGUGCUAUAUAAAAUAUGGCACAUUUAGUUUUUUAAAUGUUUCUGUAAUUGGAAUAAAAGUUUUCUUGCAUUCAAACAAUGAAAAUAUAACAUUAAAAAUGUUAAUGGGAUGGAAAAAUCCUUUGAUUCUCUUUUUCUCUUCUCUGAGUUGUAUUCACAUUAACUCUCUGAGAGUCAGUUCAACUCUUGACAGAGUUGUUAAUUUGCUAGAAUCAUUUUGUGUCCUUUUUUAUGGCACCUUCUGGUCACACUGCAAUCAUGGCAUCCAUCUUUAGCACUUCUGUCUCAGUGAAUGCAAGUGCUGGUUGUGGGGUGUGGGACUUCUGUAGAUGCAAGGGUCAGAAGGAGGAAACAAAGCCAAAAUGAUUUUACACUGCUUGCUGAAUUUCCAAUGUUUAGUGUGUAUGACUACAAGUUAACUUACAGAAUGUUAAUAUAAUCUAUUGUUUAAAUAUGUAUAAACUAUUUCCAGUAAGUACCACAAGAGUCCAGAUCUAUUUCUUGCUGAAUGUGCUGUAUGGGGAUUUGCCAGUAUAAGAAAGAAGAAUCCCAAAUUCAACUGGUGCUUGAAGGUUUUGUUUUGUCACUCCACAGGAUUCCCAAGCUAAUUAACUGCUAACCUGCAGGGCCUAACCUCAGUUAUUCUACUAGCACGGCAGGCACCAGUGCUGGAUCACUGGUACCAGUAAUGUUUACAUUGUAUAUUACCUGUAAAUACCAGUGCAAAGCAGGGGGAACAGCCUUACUAUUUCAGAAGUGCAGUCUUGGCAUGUAGCCACAUUGACGAGCUUAACAAAUGAGGCUCUAUUGAAUGUUUUCAGGGGCAAGUUGGUACUUCUCAUUUUUAAGUUUAAUGCUCUGAAUGUCAGACAUUCAGCUGUGGAAUGUGUACAUAUCCUGCAAGCACCAGUUUAAAAUGGCGCUAGUAAUUAAAUUUGCCUGUUAGACUGGAUUUUAUUAUUUAAGCCUGUAUUCUCAAAAUAUGUGUAAAUAUUGAAAGUUUCAGUAUGCUAUACUUGAAUUGGGACAUGUCUCAGCUUGAGACGUUGUAGAUUAUGGCACUGGUUCAGUGCUGUGCUAGCUAGCUUUUUAAAUACCUAUUGGUGCAUUCACCAGUAUGGUAAAUUGGUGACUGGACAUGCGUCUCUUUAAGCAAUUAAAUGCCAGAGUUGAAAAUGUUGAUUUUAGUGUCUGCAUACUCAGUAUGCUGGUAGGUGGUCUUUUGAAGAGCUCAGGGCUGUUUGGUUAAAUACAAUCACUAGCAAGAUUCAUACAACAGUGUUUAAAAUGAGUUCAGGUAAGAUAGUUAAUGAGGGACCUCAUAGGAUACUAGGUUUAUCCUUGUACAGUAUGUAAAUAUGUAACUGAAACAGAGAAAGAGUAACAUGGAAGAAAGUCAAUAUCUGGUGCAUUUAGCCAAUACUACACAUUUAGAUUACGUAAAUGGUGCUGGCAAAACUCAAGUGAUGUAAAAAUACUUUGGUAUCCUAUAGUCUUAUGACUGAAGAGUUGGAUUUCAGAUCCAAAGUUUUCAAGUCAUAAAGGAUGAGAAACUCUGCAUUUGUACAGUAGUUGCAAUUGUGUGAUUUACCAUGCAAUGGCAGGGAUGUUUAUACUUACUUCUCUAUGGGCACCCAUUCAAAGCCCAGGACAUGUGGAUUCUUUAUGACAACUACCAUAUAUUUUGUCGAUAUUAAAGGCCAUAUUUAUCUGUUGCUUGUUUUUUUUUUCCUUUUAAAUUAUAAUUUCUAACUCAAGCUAAAACAGGUCAAAAAUCAAAUACAUUUUUCUGCUAUUAAGAGUGUAGAAAAUAUCAACAUCCAUCCAUCCAGCUUCUAAACAUUCAGAAGAGAGUCUCGGGAAACCUGAGACAGUUUCUAUAAGCAUUAUGCGCAAGGCAGCAACAAUGACUGGCCAGGCCAUCACAGGGUGAACACACACACACCCAUCGGGACAAAUUUAGCAUCAUCAAUCCACUUAACCUGCUUGUCUUUGGACUGUGGGAGGAAACACAGCAGAGACCAUGCAAACUCCACACAGGGAUCACCCAGGACCAGUCACCUUGUUGUGAGGUAGCAGUGCUACAUCUGUCUCCCAAAUGUCACCAUUACAUUUCCAAUGUUUAUGUUAAUUAAAUAUCAACAUAACUUUCUCAAUCCUGUGUAAUUAGUAUUGCAGGGGGACAGAGCCAAUCGUGCAAGCACACAAUACAAGGUAGGAAAGAGCAGUGGAUUUAACCAGUCCAGGGCCUGUAUUUAUCAAGCAUCUCAGAGUUGGAAAAUGGUACCAACCCUGUCAGGAAUCUCAGAGUGAUGGAUGUUUGAUCCUACUAUUAGGCAGAGUUGAAAAGCAUUUUAUCAAGUUAUUUUAAUUUAGGGAACUAUUCCUAACUUCACCAGGAUUUAGGAGAGCUCACAAGUUGACCUAACUCACUAGGAGCUGCCAGAAGAUUGUUUUUAGGCAGAGACUGUCACACAGAUCCUAGGAAAGGCAAAACGUUUUGGAAUGCUGGGCAACAAUGAACUUGUAAAAAUAUAUUUGACAGAGAUGGAGUAACAUUGGUAACAAAUGUAUGUUACACAAUUGGUCCAUCUACAUAGAGAAGCCAUGUGUAGUCAGCCGAAAUGAAAGUGUAACGUGUAAAAUACAGCUUUGAAGUAGCAAUGACAAUGUCACAAUCAGCCAUUUUUCAAAUUUUGUACCAAACUUUGAAUGCCCUUACAAUUCAUCACAAGCUGUAUUCUUUCAAAUCCACGUGCACAUAACUAUCGUUGCCUCAAGUGUGGAUGAGCACACAUAUGUCAGUCGCAAGUGAUACCAUAGUAUCAACACGCUGUCAUCAUGGAUGCAUACUAUCCUGAAGACAGUAUGGGUGGUUGACAGCGAAAUGUCACACAGGUAUGCUGAGAACCCCUGGAACAUUCGCUUAACAGUUUACAAGCCCAGGAAAGUUCAAGAAGGUAGGCAGAGACUCCCAGGGCAUUGGGAGAACCUUGCACAAAAUAAAUAAGUGAUCAUGGAGAGUGGCACAGUAGGGCAUUGGAAGAGUGAACAUGACUUCAGAAACAGUACAAGAAUAGUUGUUGGCUAGCUAGUUUCAGUAAUUGUUACUUUUAUGUGGUUCUUCCCAUUGCCAUACCAGUGGGAAAAGAAUCCUUCUGAAAGUAUGGUUGUGGAUUAUCCAUUCAUCCAUCCACUUUGUGAGCCCGCUUUAUACUGAGCAGGGUCGCGAGCAAGCGUAUGGCACAAUUCCUGGAUCAUUCAAAUCUAAACUGGCACAAUUUUGGGCUUUACUCUCAUUUGGUGUGUGUGUCUCGGUCUUUCCUUCUCAGUGCUCGUUACAGCAUUGUUCUUUAUGUUGUUACAAAGUCUAACAAUUACGUGCAGCUUAGAGCAAUAGCCUACCACUAAUCGCCGAGACUAGGACUAGGAUGCUUCAUAAAUAUCUCUUAUUCUGCAACGUUUAGUGUAAUUCUGAGAUGCUUGAUAAAUAUGUGCGCAGAUUUCAUUACUUUCUACAUUUUAAAAUAGUACUAGGGUGUUGUACCGUGUUAGCUAUUAUGAAUGUAGUGAAAAGUCAAGCAAAAUGACACCUUUUAUUGGCAUAUUGUAAUCUUUUUAGUUAGCCAAUAACUGACUUUUCACUACAUACAUUUUAAAAUGAAAAUAACAAAAUAUGCCUACAUUGCAAGCUACUGAAAUAGCAUACAAAACAACAUAGUUCCAUAUACUCAAUAGAUACUCAAUUUAUUUAUCACUUAUGAAGCCACAGACUUCCAUCAGAAGUACAUUAUGGAAGAAUCUUAAGAUAAUUAAGGUAUAUCAACUAAAAUAAAAACAGUCUGGGAUUUUGAAGUGGUGUCAGGAGAGUUUUAUAAUGAGUCCAUAUGUCAGAAUUGGUGAACCUUAUAUGUAAAAAGGUGAGUCGUUGAUGAUUCUGCGUGUAGAGUAAACAUAUGCCUCAGUCAUUAUGGAAGACGUGUUUCUCAGUAGGCCCAGAUCUCAGAUUUAGGCUUGAGGACCCCAGGUGUUCCAGUUUCAUUAAGUCAAGGUAUUCCCAACAGUUAAUACAAACUUUAAUAUGAGCUGUUUCCCUGCUUGCACAUUUAUUAUGUCAAACCCAAAAUAUCAAAUCUGAUUUACUUUACUUUUAAAAGGGAUUAUAUAUAAUGUAUUUUUUUAAAUCAACCUGUUUUUCAGAAUUUUCUUAAGUAUACGUGCUUUAUAUUUCUUUAGAAAGUAUACAUUUUCUUAAAGCUACAACCCCUAUUUAAGUAUAUGCUUUUAAAAGAAACUAUUUAGAAACAAUUAAGAAGCUAGGAUUUCAUUUAAAAUCUGCUUAAUAAAAUAAAUACAGCAAAAAGAUAUCAAGCAUAAAUAACCCUAACCCUUACUCCAGGUCAAGUGCAGCAUGCACCAAGCCUAAAUGGAGUGCCAUUGGAUCAGAGGGCACUCUUAAUAAUUUCCAAGAGAGCUACCCAACCUGAAUGUCUUGGCUGAAGAGAGCUGCAGGGGUGUAGGCCUAGCAAGUGUAAGUGCAAAAUUCAAUGUUUACAUUGCUGCUGCUCUUUAGAAAUGUUAUCUAAUGCCUGCUAGUCAUCAUUUGUUCUGUUCUAGUGUCACUUAAGCUACACCUUGGCUUUAAUAAUAUAUUAGCCUUUAUGACCCAAAAAUGUUUUGUUCCAUUCCAUCAUCGCCAAAUGUGACUUGAAAGAAUUGUACUAAUAAUCAGUUUUUCACCAGGGAUUGAAAUGCUGCUAUAGUACCAUAUGAUAGCAAAUCUUUUCCUCUCAGCUUGUAAAAGGAACAUAUUUGAUCUGAUAUUAAAUGGUGGGUGGCAAUGGAGGUUCAUCAAGAAGUGGUACAAGCCAGGGUGACACAAAUGUAUUGGUUCAAAUGUUACUGUUCAGUUGGAUAAAGUAGAUGAAUACAAUCACAGUAAAUAAAAGCUGUGUCUUCAAGCAAAA